UCCCGGCCACCAUUGACUUCAACAUGGCUGCCUCCAGGGAAGUACGAGGCUACCGUGAAAACUCCAGACCCUAACUCCUUCGUCCCAUGGAUCUUAGCGCAGAGUUCAAGAGGUGGAAGGCGCAGUGUCUGAGCAAAGUGGACCUCAGCCGGAAGGGCAGUGUGGACGAGGACGUGUUAGAGAUUGUGCAGCUCCUAAAUGGGCAAGAACAGUUUUUCACCACCAGUUCCUGCGCUGGCCGAAUCAUCCUCCUAGACGGGAGUAUAAAUGGUUCUGAGGUUCAGAAACAAAACUGUUCCUGGCUACUGGUUACACACAAAGCCUGUGUGAAAGAUGAUGUGGUGGUGGCCCUGAGGAGAGCGAAUGGCAACGCCAUUUUGAAAUUUGAGCCGCUUGUUCUUCACGUGCAAUGUCGACAGUUGCAGGAUGCACGGAUUCUGCAUUCAGUGGCAAUAGAUUCCGGCUUCAGGAACUCUGGCAUAACUGUGGGAAAGAGAGGAAAGAUUAUGCUGGCUGUCCGGAGCACACAUGGCCUAGAAGUUCCACUAAGCCAUCAAGGAAAACUGAUGGUGACAGAGGAGUAUAUCGACUUCCUAUUAAAGAUAGCAAAUCAAAAAAUGGAAGAAAACAAGAAGAGAAUUGAAAGGUUUUACAACUGCCUACAACAUGCUUUGGAAAAAGAAACUGUUGCUGCAACCUCACAUCCUAAAGAGAAAGUUAACUCACCAUAUAUUCGUAAAAAAAAAAGGAACCCAGAAAAAGCACAUGGCAAACGUGUUACUGAAGAAAACGGUAAAGAACUUGAAAAUAACGACCAUGAUGAUCCAGGAAUCAGUGUUACUGUCUUCCCUGAAGAUUACUGAGAUUUGGUUCGGAAAUGUCUUGGUAGAAUGAUGUUUCUAAUAGAUAUUAUAAAGCUGCUCUUAAUAAGAGUUUGUUGAGUGUAUCAGACUUUCAGAAAAGCAAGAUUUAACUUUUCUCUAUGUUUUAGAGAAACUUAACUUUUAAAAACAACUCUGUAUAAUAUUUACUCUUAUAUACUAUCUUUUUUAAUCACAUAGUCAUUGCAAAAAUAAAAUUAUGAUUUUUUAA